UAAAUUUGUUUCAAUUUUGUGUAUAUUCCACAUUAUUCCUGACUCAGUAAUUCAAAGGCUGAAUGUUGGUGUCCAGAAGCCUCAGCAAAGUCUAUUCUUGUGCCCCCUCUACUGGGCUGGAUUAAAAGUGCCUUCGUUAAGACACUUUAAUCACUUAUAAAAGACUUGGCACACAGACCUGCCGCCCGGCGUCUCGAUCCCGCUGGAAUCUCAGGAAUACAAACUUCUUAUCUCGCUCCACACGUUGCUUGUCGGUGAGUAUUAACAAACAGCAUUGUGUUCGCGUGAGCGCGCGGGAGGGGGGCGGAGCGCGCGCGUAUAUAAGCGCUCCUGUACAUGCAUGUGCGCAUGAGACUCAAGCGAACGAGACUCAAUGAUGUACGCGUGCAUUUAAAAGUGCAAAACUUUGUGACCGUUUGCGAAUUUAUUGGAUUACUAUCACUCCUGCCAAAUCAGGGACUUGAAUAAUAAAAUGGAUUUGAGGAUUAUUUUCCCAGUGUUAUCAAUGCUGUCUUCUGGAAUAUUUGACUUGGUUACCCCAGCAUCUUCGAGUCAUGGGACGACAUCAGGCACGCCAAUCUCUGUGCAUCACUCCAGGACUAAGCGAUGCUCCUGUGAAAGUUUUCUGGAUAAAGAGUGUGUCUACUUUUGCCACCUGGAUAUAAUAUGGGUCCACACGCCAGAGCGAAUCGUGACAUAUGGACUUGGAAAUGCUCCACGAAAGAAGCGUUCGGUCACAGAACCUGUUGUGCCCAAACAACGCUGCAAAUGUUCAGAUAGCCAAGACAAAACAUGUUCUUCAUUCUGUCAACCGAACAGUGCGUUACGGUACAAGGCAGCGUCAGACAGGGCGAUCCCUGCCGCCCCGGGACAGCAAUGCAAACACAAACUGGCAGCCCAUCAGAGGAUGAUUAGACGGGUGAAAAACACAGAACAGAUCAGCAAUGUCCCCUCCAGACUGAGGGCUGUCAAGAAGAUCCGUCUUCUCCUGGAGAAAUGGCGGAUGAGGCGGUACCACAGGGCCCGAUCAUGGGCGGCUGAAAAUGCUUCCUCCUAGAGACCGGCGCCGGAUUUUGCACUUCGUUGAUCCACUUUAUGCAAAAGGAUUUAACUGAACGUUGUCAUCAUUGGAAUACCUGAAAAUACAUCCAUCUUGGAUGCGGGUGUGUCAUGUGGUCUCCACCCCUGGGGAGAGUUAGCGCAUCAGUGAGGGUGUGCCGACCUCAGGAGGAGAUGCUGUCUGAACCAAACCAAACCUCAAAGUAUCUACUAACCACUGCCAAAUGAUCUGAUGUAGAACUAGAACUCUUAAGCGCAUGGGAUAAUUAACCCGAGAAACCACUAAAUCCUCCAAAUGGGACUUUAGUAGGAAUGUUUAAGAUUUAACUGACCUUGCAUGGAAGAUACUUCUUGCAUGGGAGGACUAUGCUGUAAUUCAAUGAAACAAACAGAGCUAUGGAAUCAGACACUUACAGACCACAGAAACCAAAGGCAAAAUGCCCCAUAAUGGAACAUGAACAUUCAAACACUACAAGCCAUAGACACUGGUGAAACAAUAGUUCUGGUGUAAUAUGUGACUGCUUUACUUUAUACAGUGUAAAUUAAGCUCUGAAAUUCCCUCAUUGCAUAUGGUUAUUGUUCAUACAUGUUAAAUAUGUAUCUUUAAAUAAGCCAUAUUGGCUAAAGAGAUUGUCAACAAUAUUUCUAUGAAAUUAUAACAUUUUAUUGCCAUUAUUGUGGUAUGUGUUGUUAGGUAAUAAAUA